AGCUCGGCGAAGAUGAACACCAGAAGCCCUUUUUUGGAUUUGAAAAAGUUACAGAAGAAAACAAAGAAAACUCCAAAACGGAAUCUGAAGAGAACAGCACAGAUGGCUCAUGUCAAAGCUCUCCAAGAGGAGUUUUAGAGAUUCCUACCUCAAGCAUUCAUUCUGACACUGCAAGCAGCAACGAUUCUUCUUCCUCCAUUGAUAGAUCUCUGAGUCCUGAAGGGACUGUGCUAGAAUGUCACAGCUCACAAUGGAGGAAUCUGAUCGGCGGGCUGUUGCAGAGGAAGAAGAGAAACAUCAUGAGGCUGUCGACCUUCCCGCCGGCCAUGAAAGCUUCGUGCUUGGAGAGGAAGUGCUUGGGAAUGUUUCAGAGCGGUGAAGAACAACCCAAGGGAGGAUUAGUUCAGCUGGAGAUUCCGAUGAGGAAGCCAUGUUGGAGGAAUUUCGACCUGCAGGAGCUUGUGGCGGCUACUGAUAACUUCAGUCAUGAGAAUUUAAUUGGAAAGGGAGGGCAUGCAGAGGUGUACAAAGGCCGUCUCCCUGACGGCCAAUUCGUGGCCGUCAAGAGGUUAACUAAGAAGGAGAAAGAAGAAGAGAGAACCGGUGAUUUCUUAUCGGAGCUCGGAAUCAUUGCCCAUGUGACUCACCCAAAUGCUGCACAACUAGUGGGAUUUGGUGUUGAGGGUGGCUUGCAUAUGGUUCUCCAAUUCUCUCCGCAUGGAAGCUUGGCUUCCGUACUUCACGGUUCGAAGGAGAGGCUCAACUGGAAGGUGAGGUUUGAUAUUGCAUUGGGGAUAGCAGAAGGGCUUUGCUAUCUUCAUGAAGGUUGCCAAAGGCGCAUUAUCCAUAGAGACAUCAAAGCCUCCAACAUUCUCCUCACUCAGGACUAUCAACCUCAGAUCUCAGACUUUGGGCUGGCAAAAUGGCUUCCAGACAAAUGGACUCAUCAUGUUGUGUUUCCCAUUGAAGGCACAUUUGGAUACAUGGCUCCUGAGUAUUUCAUGCAUGGGGUGGUGAAUGAGAAGACUGAUGUCUUUGCAUUUGGGGUUUUGCUGCUUGAGCUCAUAACUGGCAGAAGAGCAGUUGAUUCCUCCAGAAGAAGCCUUGUGAUAUGGGCGAAGCCAUUUCUGGACGCCAAAGAUUUCAAAGGCCUCACAGAUCCUUCAUUCGGAGAGGACUCUGAUUCCGAACAACUGAAGCUCGCAAUCUCAGUCGCCACAAUCUGCAUUCAUCAAAUCUCUACUUCCAGACCGAGUAUGAGUGCAGUGGUUCGGAUUCUGCGGGGAGAAGAAGGAACGCAGGAGUUUAAUGGAGGAGAUUUGAGGCCGAAAUAUGCGUGCGAAUUCGAAGAUUAUACUUGCUCUAGGUAUCUGAGUGAUCUCCACCGGCACAAGCAGCUGGCUUUGGAGCAGUGAGGAGGUUUAGAUGUAAGGGGGAGUUCUGUAAAGGUUAAAUUUGUUUGGGGUAUUUUUGCAAAUUGAAGAGUUUGCAGAUUUGGAGCCUCUCUCUCGCGAUUUAAGAGGAGAUGAGCGGAGUUCUUAGCUCUUUAUAGCUAAAAAAAAAGAGAGAUUUGUGGGAACAUGAAUAUAAAUUAUGAUGGAUGAGCUUUAAGAUUUGCUUUAAAAUUAGUGUCGCUUAAUGAGUAUUUGUAUUCUAUUAAUCUUUAAG